AUGGCCAAGUCGAAGUGUUCUUCGGGGAAAAGGAGACUUUUGAAUUGUUACGCAGGCGAUCAGCUCCUGCCUCUGUGGCGCCUUCAGCCUAUUAUACUGAAACAACCUAGCAAGUCCAACAUCAUCAAACAUGCCUUCUUCUACCUGCAGUGGCUCAAGGUGGGCGUCGCCAUCUUAAGUCAGGGUUGCCCAAGCGAGGAAAGUUACUUGGGGGUGAUGGAUCGAUUUGGGAAUGGCUGGAGGGAGAACUUCUUUAAGCAGCAGAAACGCGAACAAGGAAAGCAAAAACAACAGAAACAAAAACUACAAAAUCCAAACAAAACAAAACAGCCUCAGCAACUUGAACAAGAACGGCCAAAGCAACAUGAACAGGAACAGCCAGAGCAACAGGGACAAGGACAGCUAAGGCAACAUGAACAAGAACAGCCAAAGCAACAUGAACAGAAUGGGCAGCAGAAACAACAACAGAGAGGAAGGGCACAUUUGCGACACACGCAGGGUAUUUAUCUUCGACACAUUCAGAUGGACCCAGAGGAGGUGAACGUGACGGACCUCUGCCACUCGGCUGACAACCCAUCAACACUUGCAGGAACUUCUCUGUCCAAUUGCAAACCAAAGAUACAAAAUUCACAAGAGAAUACGAACCACAGGGUUAAAUUUGAUACCAUCAAGAGGAAAACAGUUGAAGAUGUCAGGUGA